CGGCCUCGGUGAGAGGCGGGGUUUGGAGCCCCGGCGGCGACACAGCGGACUCAGAGGGCGCGGCUUAGCGGGAAGGGGCGGUCCAAGCACGGCCCGCGGGCGGCGGUCACCGGAGCUGGUGGGCCGGGCGGCUGACCUAGGGCCAGACACGCGGCUGGGCGGACAGCGGGGGAAGGCGAGACGGAACCGUGUCCGCCGCCAUGACAGAUCAGACCUACUGUGACCGCCUGGUGCAGGACGCGCCUUUCCUGACGGGCCAGGGGCGCCUGAGCGAGCAGCAGGUGGACAGGAUCAUCCUCCAGCUGAACCGCUACUACCCACAGAUCCUCACCAACAAGGAGGCGGAAAAGUUCCGAAACCCCAAGGCGUCCCUGCGCGUGCGGCUCUGCGACCUGCUGAGCCACCUGCAGCGGAGCGGCGAGCGAGACUGCCAGGAGUUCUACCGCGCCCUGUACAUCCACGCCCAGCCGCUGCACGGCCGCCUGCCCAGCCGCUCCGCUCUGCAGAACUCAGAUUGCACAGAGCUAGACUCGGGCAACGAGAGCGACGAGCUGAGUGACAGGGGACCCGUCAGCUUCCUGGCUGGCCUCAGCCUGGCCGUGGGAUUGGCCCUCCUCCUCUACUGCUACCCUCCAGACCCCAAGGGGCUACCGGGGGCCCGGCGCGUCCUCGGCUUCUCGCCCGUCAUUAUUGACAGACACGUCAGCCGCUACCUGCUGGCCUUCUUGGCAGAUGACCUUAGGGGACUCUGACGGACCCCAGACCCCAGGCCUUUCCUGCUGCUCAACCAAAGAGUCCGCCAGGCGGCCCACUGAGGGGGCCGGAGCUUCUUUUUCUAAAUGCUUAUUUUUCAUUAUUUAUAAUUCAUGUAAGAAGCACACCACCUUACAGGGUGCUCAGUGAUAUUAAAUGUUCAAGUCCUGUC